CUAUGAGUAAUAUCUGACGCUUUUUUUUUUUUACAACACAGUAAUCAUGACGUGGAUGAAGGUUUGUGCCUCCUGCAGCGUAUAAAUGGAACUGUUGGAUGUAAAGGACACUUGUUGACAGGAGCAGCAACUUGAACGUCUUUGUCUACUUUAAAAAUAAAAAAAAGUCAAGCAAAAACAAUGAAACCCCAGGACAUCACGAAGGAAAAGAGCAGCAUGUGGAUAUUUGGAUAUGGAUCUUUGGUGUGGAGACCAGAUUUUACUUACAAAAGCUGCAAAAUCGGCCACAUCAGAGGAUACAAGAGGCGCUUCUGGCAGGGAGAUGAUUUUUAUCGAGGGGACAAGCAGAAGCCGGGCAGAGUGGCAACACUAGUGGCAGAUCAGGAGGCUUGCACGUGGGGAGUUGCCUAUGAAGUGUCCGAAUCCCAGGUUCAGGAGUCCCUCCAGUACCUAAACAUGAGAGAGGUUGUGUUGGGCGGUUACAUGACGAAGAUGGUGGAGUUCAUCCCCAAAGAGAGGAGCCACGGUCCGCUUCUGGCCCUCGUCUACAUCGCUACCUCCGACAACCCCAUGUACCUCGGCCCGGCCUCCAUCAAGGACGUCGCCGCCCAGAUUGCCACCUGCAGGGGCAACACGGGCCACAACAUUGAAUACCUGGUGCGCCUGGCGGACUUCAUGAGGCACUACUGUCCCGAGGUGGAGGACGAGCACCUCUUCUCGAUCGAGGCGGCCCUGUUGAACAUUUUCCAUGAAGGUGGAGGCAUCAAAGCCGCAGAUCAGAACUCUCUAAUGCUGGAAGCUAUAUGAACGGCUGCACAAAGCGCUCCGUGUCGUGAAAAUAUUUAUGCUGGCUGACACGUAUGGAAGGGUGUUGAUAGGGCGUAUACUUGAUUUGGUUUUCAGUAAAUGUACCCUUUAAGGAUGUUUUUUUUUAAUGUCGUGUUUCUACUUUUGAUCUCCUCACUUUUUGAAAUGACUGAAAGUUUCAGUGCUGAUUUUGCACAUUGUAUACAAACAGAAGCAUAUGGUGCUUUUAUAGUCAUGUUAAUGAAUUUCUUGAUGUAUAAAUCUUUGUACUCAUUUUUAAACGUGUUUGAAUAAAAACAUAAAACUCCAUAUGAGGAAA